AUGCCCGGGGCAGCUGCUCUCGGGGCCCCGGGGCCUCUGCUGCUGUCUCUGCUGCUGCUGCUGCCGCCGCCGCUGCCCCGCGGCGCGGGGGGGCUCGCGGAGCGCUCGGAGGCCGCCCGGGACUCCUCGGCGCUGGAAGGCGAGGACGGCGCGGAGCCGCCGCUGGAGCACUACCACGACCCGUGCAAAGCCGCUGUCUUUUGGGGAGAUAUUGCCUUAGAUGAAGAGGACCUGAAGUUAUUUCACAUUGACAAAGCCAGAGACUGGAUCAAGCAGUCAGUAGAGGAAGGGGGACAUAGCACAGGUGGGCUCGAGGAGCGGCCGCGUGAAAGCUGGCAGAGUGCUGCAGCCGCGAACGCCAGCAGCAGCGAGGAAGCUGGAAAGGAUGGUGAGGAGAAUGCUAUGCUUCUGCACAGCCCCAGGACCUCAGAUGCCAGAGCUGAGACCUUUUCUUCCCGUGUCAGGAGAGCCACAACCUCAAGGACAGAGAGAAUAUGGCCUGGAGGGGUCAUCCCCUACGUCAUUGGUGGGAACUUCACUGGAAGCCAGAGGGCCAUUUUUAAGCAGGCCAUGAGACAUUGGGAGAAACACACCUGUGUGACCUUCAUAGAAAGGACUGAUGAAGAGAGCUUUAUUGUGUUCAGUUACAGGACUUGUGGCUGUUGUUCCUAUGUUGGGCGCCGAGGAGGAGGCCCACAGGCCAUAUCCAUUGGGAAAAACUGUGACAAGUUUGGCAUUGUGGCACAUGAAUUGGGCCAUGUAGUUGGGUUCUGGCAUGAACACACCCGGCCAGACAGAGACCAGCAUGUCACCAUCAUCAGAGAAAACAUCCAACCAGGUCAGGAGUAUAAUUUCUUAAAAAUGGAAGCUGGGGAAGUGAGCUCUCUGGGAGAGAUCUACGACUUCGACAGCAUCAUGCACUACGCCCGGAACACUUUCUCCAGAGGAGUUUUCUUAGACACCAUCCUCCCCCGUCGAGACGACAAUGGCAUCAGGCCAACCAUUGGCCAGCGUGUGCGGCUCAGUCAGGGAGACAUAGCUCAAGCCAGGAAGCUGUACAAAUGCCCAGCAUGUGGGGAGACCCUGCAGGACACAGCAGGAAACUUUUCUGCACCUGGUUUCCCAAACGGCUACCCUUCUUAUUCCCACUGUGUCUGGAGGAUAUCGGUCACUCCGGGGGAAAAGAUCGUCCUGAACUUCACAUCCAUGGAUUUGUUUAAGAGCCGCCUGUGCUGGUAUGACUAUGUGGAGGUCCGGGAUGGUUACUGGAGAAAAGCCCCCCUGUUGGGUAGGUUUUGUGGCGAUAAAGUCCCGGAGCCCCUCACGUCCACAGACAGCCGGCUCUGGGUGGAGUUCCGGAGCAGCAGCAGCCUCUUGGGCAAGGGUUUCUUCGCAGUGUACGAAGCUACAUGUGGGGGAGACAUUAACAAAGAUGCUGGUCAAAUUCAGUCUCCUAACUACCCGGAUGACUACAGACCUUCCAAGGAAUGUGUUUGGAGGAUUACGGUUUCAGAAGGGUUUCAUGUGGGGCUUACCUUCCAAGCUUUUGAGAUUGAAAGGCACGACAGCUGUGCAUACGACUACCUGGAAAUCCGCGAUGGCCCCACAGAAGAGAGUGCCCUGAUUGGCCAUUUCUGUGGCUACGAGAAGCCAGAAGAUGUGAAAUCGAGCUCCAACAGAAUGUGGAUGAAGUUUGUGUCCGAUGGCUCUAUCAAUAAAGCGGGCUUUGCAGCCAAUUUUUUCAAGGAGGUGGAUGAGUGUUCCUGGCCGGAUCAUGGAGGGUGUGAGCAGCGCUGUGUGAACACUCUGGGCAGCUAUAAGUGUGCAUGUGAUCCGGGCUACGAGCUGGCUGCCGAUAAGAAGACAUGUGAAGUGGCCUGUGGCGGUUUUAUUACCAAGCUGAAUGGAACCAUCACCAGCCCUGGGUGGCCGAAGGAGUAUCCUACAAACAAAAACUGCGUCUGGCAGGUGGUGGCCCCUGCUCAGUACCGGAUCUCCCUUCAGUUUGAAGUGUUUGAACUGGAAGGCAAUGAUGUCUGUAAGUACGACUUCGUGGAGGUGCGCAGUGGCCUGUCACCCGAUGCCAGGCUGCACGGCAAGUUCUGCGGCUCUGAGAUGCCCGAGGUCAUCACCUCCCAGAGCAACAACAUGCGUGUGGAGUUCAAGUCAGAUAACACGGUCUCCAAACGCGGCUUCAGAGCCCACUUCUUCUCAGACAAGGACGAGUGCGCUGAGGACAAUGGCAGGUGCCAGCACGAGUGCGUCAACACAUCUGGCAGCUAUCUGUGCCGGUGCAGAACUGGGUACCGGCUCCAUGACAAUGGGCACGACUGUAAGGAAGCCGGCUGUGCACACAAGAUCAGCAGUGCAGAGGGGACCCUGGCGAGUCCCAACUGGCCUGACAAAUACCCCAGUCGGAGGGAGUGCACCUGGAACAUUUCUUCAACCGCGGGCCACAGGGUGAAACUCACAUUUAAUGAGUUUGAGAUCGAGCAGCACCAAGAAUGUGCCUACGACCACCUGGAGCUGUACGACGGGCCCGACAGCCUGGCCCCCAUCCUUGGCCGUUUCUGUGGCAGCAAGAAACCAGACCCCGUGGUGGCUUCAGGCAGCAGCCUGUUUCUCAGGUUUUAUUCAGAUGCCUCUGUACAGAGGAAAGGCUUCCAGGCGGUGCACAGCACAGAGUGCGGGGGCCGGCUGAAGGCCGAGGUGCAGACCAAAGAGCUGUACUCGCACGCCCAGUUUGGCGACAACAACUACCCGAGCCAGGCCCGCUGUGCCUGGGUGAUCGUGGCGGAGGACGGCUACGGCGUGGAGCUGAUAUUCCGCAUCUUCGAGGUGGAGGAGGAGGCGGACUGCGGCUAUGACUACAUGGAGGCGUACGACGGCUACGACAGCACAGCGCCCAGGCUCGGCCGCUUCUGCGGCUCCGGGCCACUGGAAGAGAUCUACUCUGCAGGAGAUUCUCUAAUGAUUCAAUUCCACACGGAUGACACCAUCAACAAGAAAGGCUUUCACGCCCGAUACACCAGCACCAAGUUCCAGGAUGCCCUGCACAUGAAGAAGUAACAUCGAUGUUCGUGAAAGACUGGAACUGAGAAUGUUUGUUUGUUUGUUUGUUUAUGACAAUAGCACCUUGUGAAUCUGCCUAAACCAGUGUAGAGUAUUUUUCUCAAACACAAACUCAAAAUCUAGUCUUGAAGGAACGUAUCUGGUGUGAAGUUUGGCCACCCCGGAGGUGCAAAGAUGUUUCUUUGAUUCUGGCUACAAUGUUAUCAGUCACGGACUUUUAAAGAAGAUUAAAGUUUUGAAGUCACUUAACCACUAAUGCUAUGCCUGGUCAUCCUCAUUCUCCUUGUCCCUUGCUCCUAUGGGGCAAAAGGCCAGUCCUUGGGUUGGUCAUUCCUCUAUUUCGGGAUGUGCUUCUGUAGGUGCCAGGCAACGUGAUGGUGUCCCAGAGACUUGGGCUGUCUUCUGUCUACAUUGAGCGGUGAGGAUAGAAGCUUGGCCAUGGCUGAUUUGUUACUCACAGCUGUGGCUGGAGACUUUUGCUUUCUGUGUGCCAGGGACAUGUCAAUCAGGAAACCUGAGAAUAUGGAUGUCAGAACUGAAAAAGGACUCGCAGGAAGCAGUGCACAGAGAGAGAGCUGGAGCCUCAGCAUCAUCAUUAUCACCAGGCUAGUAGACAUCAAGCCCUCUCUCUGUGUCAUUGGCUCUCCUUGCCAUGCUGGGCUUCCCCCAUACCUCAUUGCAUUAGGAGGCGGAGACAUCCACUAUGAAUUCCAGCAACACAUUUGCUCAUGAGAGUCCCCAGUUUGCCGAGAAGAAAACAUCCUGGCUCCUCCUCAUACUCCUUUCCUGGCUGACUUUAGAAGACUCCACCUAUGCGUGGGAUUCCAUGGGCUUAGGAAACCAUGUUGUCCUCCAGGUUUAGAGGCACUUGCUGUGGUUGACCUUGACUUCUAGACAACUGAUUCAAACUGCAUUUGCAAGAUGUUCAAAGACAGCCUAUGAAGGACCAGUUCGGGUCCCUCACAGGGUGAACAUUGUUGAAAACUGGUUAAUUAUACGUCAUGUAAGAAUCAUCAUCUGUGGGAUAAGUCAACCUGUGACUAACUUCCUGUCACCAAUCAGGUCAAAGAGUGCAUUGGUAACUUC